AGGCGCGCGGGCCCUGACUUGCGGUGCUCGGGCGAGCGGCUGCCUUUCGGCGAGCGGACAUGGGCACACCGCAGAAGGAUGUUACUAUCAAGGCCGAUGCACCUGACACCCUGUUGCUGGAGAAACACGCCGAUUAUAUUGCCUCCUACGGCUCGAAGAAGGAUGAUUAUGAAUACUGUAUGUCUGAAUACUUGAGAAUGAGCGGCAUCUAUUGGGGCCUGACAGUGAUGGAUCUCAUGGGACAACUUCAUCGAAUGAACAGAGAAGAAAUACUGGCUUUUAUCAAGUCUUGCCAGCAUGAGUGUGGGGGGAUAAGCGCUAGCAUUGGGCACGAUCCACACCUUCUCUACACCCUCAGUGCUGUCCAGAUUCUUACUCUGUAUGACAGCAUUGAUGUCAUCGAUGUAGACAAAGUGGUGGCCUAUGUUCAGAGUCUGCAGAAAGAAGACGGUUCGUUUGCUGGAGACAUUUGGGGAGAGAUUGACACCAGGUUCUCCUUUUGUGCGGUGGCGACUUUGGCUCUCUUGGGCAAGCUUGAUGCUAUUAAUGUGGAAAAGGCGAUUGAAUUUGUCUUGUCCUGUAUGAACUUUGAUGGUGGAUUUGGGUGCAGACCGGGCUCCGAAUCUCAUGCUGGGCAGAUCUAUUGUUGCACAGGAUUCCUGGCCAUAACUAGUCAGUUACAUCAAGUGAACUCGGACUUGCUUGGUUGGUGGCUUUGUGAACGACAGUUGCCCUCAGGCGGGCUCAACGGAAGACCUGAGAAGUUACCGGAUGUGUGCUAUUCCUGGUGGGUUCUGGCCUCCCUGAAGAUAAUUGGGAGGCUUCACUGGAUUGACAGAGACAAACUGCGCAGCUUCAUCUUAGCAUGCCAAGAUGAAGAGACGGGCGGCUUCGCAGACAGACCAGGAGAUAUGGUGGAUCCUUUUCAUACCUUGUUUGGCAUUGCUGGAUUGUCACUUCUGGGAGAGGAGGAGAUUAAGCCGGUCAGCCCUGUCUUUUGCAUGCCUGAAGAAGUGCUUCAGAGGGUGAAUGUCCAGCCGGAACUGGUGCCCUAGUCAGGCAGGGCACCGCUGCACUCAGUGUGUGCCAAGCCUAGAGGUGACUGUUAAUACUGUGUAUAUCAUGUUAAAGAUAAAUUAUAUAAUUAAAUGUAUUGUAAAAUAAGUAUUAUAGUACUCUAAGUACAGUUUUUGUUUCUACUUGAAGUUUGUUUCUGAUGUCUCCAUAACAGCAAACUGGAAAGUGCUAGAUUUUAUCGUUGCCUCCCUGUAUCCUCUUGAUCUGUAACAAUUGUGAUGGAAAAUGAUUUGUUAACUGAUGCAAAUGUGUAAAACUCGGGAUUUAAAUUAAAAGAUUUAUAAAAUUGA